CCUCCGCGAGACGAGAUAUUUAGCGUCAAAGUUGAUGACUUUUCAGGUUAAGAAACCUGUCACUUCGAUGAAAUGGAUAUGUGCUGCAGUCACGCGUGCAUGCUCUAUGAUCACAUAUGCAUGCGUUGUACUAACUUAGAGCUACUGUGCACAAAAUUUAAACAAAUGAAGUGCACGAAUGUACUACGUAUAUGCAAAAGUGUACUUCGUAGAGAACAUAAAAAAUGUUCGGUUUACUAGAAUUUGCUCACCUAACAUAUUCGAAGGAAAAAUUAGUAGAUUUUUUAAUUCAACACGGUGUUUUAGCAUCUACAAUUACGUGUAGUAAGUGUGGUAAUAUUCUAGACAUUGAUAAGAAAACAUUGUCGUAUAGAUGUAAAAAACGGUAUUAUAUAAAGAAUGAACACAAGAAACGUGUCUCUAAACAGUGUGAUUUUUUUAAAAGUGCCAAAAAAGACACAUGGUUCGACAAAAGUAAUCUUGACGUGGGUACCGUUUGCAAAAUCGUAGCAUGUUUUUUGAUGUUACGAUACCCACGUCAAGAUGAUACGCAGGAUGAAACUGGUGUGACGCCGAAGACGAUUGUAGACUGGUUCGGUUUUUGCCGAGAGGUCUGUGUGUUCUGGGCUGAUAAACAUAGUGAAAAGCUUGGUGGCCCAGGACGCACGGUCGAAAUCGAUGAAGCAAAAAUUGGCCGACGGAAGUACAAUCGUGGACGGCUCAUUAAAGGUCAAUGGAUCUUUGGAGGAUAUGAGCGAGAUUCUAAGAAGAUUUUCAUCGUUCCAGUUGAGGAUCGAACAGAAGAGACACUCCUGGCAUGUAUCAAGGAAUGGAUUAUGCCAGGAACUACAAUUGUGUUCGAUUGUUGGAAGUCCUACAAUUGUUUAAACAAUGAGGGCUUCCAACAUCUAACGGUCAACCAUUCUUAUAACUUUGUUGAUCCUCAAAGUGGCGCGCACACACAACACAUCGAACGUGUUUGGAAAGAAGUUCGGGGAAAUAUUCCAAGAUAUGGAAGAAGAUCCAACCAUUUUAUUGGAUAUUUAACCGAAUUUUUCUUCAAACGUGCGUACAGCCGUCUAGAACGAAUUGAAAUCUUCUUCGACAUUAUCGCUGAAAUAUAUCCUUCAACACCGACUCCUGACCAACCAGAAACAUCCUGCAACGAACCUGGCACGAGCGCUGUGUAAAGACAUGUUUUUUGUGUGCAUUCUUUAUAUAAUAUCGUUUUUUAUAUCUAUACGACAAUGUUUUCUUAUCAAUGUUUAGAAUACUACCACACUCACUACACGUAAUUAUAGAUGCUAAAACACCGUGUUGAAUUGAAAAAUUUACUAAUUUUUCCUUCGAAUAUGUUAAUCUU